AUGGCGGAUGGAAGUUUCUACUGUGGGGAAUGCUUGCCUGGUUAUAUUGGGAACCCAACCAUUGGCUGUAGACUGGGCGACUUCUGUUUGUCCGGGGAGAACAACUGUAACGUUAGCGCUGAGUGUCACUACAUUACACUGGGGGGAUUUCGCUGUACGUGUCGGAGUGGGUGGGCAGGUGACGGCAUUCAAUGUGGCAACGACACCGACGGGGACGGCAUAUCAGACGCCAUUAUUCCCUGUAGUGCUGAGAGCUGUAUGGCGGAUAACUGUCAAUAUGUGGCUAAUGGCGGUCAGGAGGACAACGACAAGGACAACGUGGGUGAUGUGUGUGAUGAUGAUGACGACAACGAUUACAUUGCCGACGUAGAUGAUAACUGUCAAUACGUUGCCAACAGAUUGCAGACCGACAUAGAUGGAGACGGUCGUGGUGACGACUGUGACAACUGUAUCAAUGACGUAAACUAUGACCAGUCUGACGUCGAUGGUGACGGACUUGGUGACGUAUGUGAUGACGAUAUUGACGGCGAUACCAUUCUAAACGGAUUUGAUAACUGUCCGUACGAAGCCAAUAUAGCUCAGACAGACACGGACGGUGACACGGUUGGAGAUAUUUGUGAUAACUGUAAAAACUUCCCUAACGCUGCACAGACAGACACAAACCAGAACGAGGUCGGAGAUGACUGUGAUGGACAGGACAGCGAUGGUGAUGGUGUAAUUGACUUUAAAGACAACUGUGUACAUUUUCCAAACUCGGUACAGACAGACAGCGACAACGACGGAAUCGGUGAUGCGUGUGAUGAAGAUAUCGAUGGAGAUGGUGUGUCUAACAAGGCCGAUAACUGUGUUUAUGUCGCUAAUCCUGGACAGGAAAUGCUGAAUGGUAAGAAAUUAUUUCUAGUAGAUUCGGGAAUUGCUCCAAGCACGUCGUACGCGUAUGCGUUAUAUCACGGUUGUAAUACGGCCGGAAUCACGACACUGUUGUGGCAGGAUCCAGACCUGACAGGCUGGGAGUUGGGUCAGGGAUACAGGUGGACAAUAGAGCAUAGUCCGUCUGUAGGAAUUCUGAGAGUUUGUGUUGACCAAGGAGACAGGAUCCUGGUGGACUCAGGGUAUGUGUUGGAUGUGUCGAUACAUGGCGGAAGGCUGGGUGUGUUCUCCUACAACCAGACGGGCUCCCAUUGGUCUAACCUCCAGUACAGCUGUACAGAAAGAAUGAAUAAAGCGUUGCAGUUAAAUGGCAGCACAUAUGGAGAGAUAGGCACAUUUUAUCAACUAUCAAUCGAUUACAGUUUCAGUCUGGAGGCAUGGGUCUACUUGUCAGCUGGCUAUCUCACCACAAAACAGCCAAUAAUGUGUUCCAUGUCUGGUGACGUUUGUCUCUAUGUUGAGAGCAGUACAUUUCACGUAAAGGUUGGAGAUAGUAUAAUCGACGGUACAAGAGUCUUAAUGGCGGAAACGUGGACACAUAUCAUUACAGUUUACGAAGCCCAACAUAACAGAGUGACUUUAUAUGUUGACGGCACAACCGGCCUUCCUACACAAGAUAAGAGGAUAUAUGGGAUACCAGAGCUUACCUGGAAUACUAGUGACAUCUUGUUCCUUGGCAGAGACAACAAUAGCUUCUUUAACGGCAUGGUAGAUGAGGUGAAGUUGUCUAAGACUUAA